AUGUCUGUGAUUACAUUAACAAAAGAGUCGCACAAGCACCCAGAAAAGUUUAGAAUUAAGCACCAGGAUGAGGUGGAGAUAUUAGGUCCCCAUCGUAAGGACCGUUUUGCCAUCAAUGAGGAUUUACCAACCAUUACUACUACUUCUAAAAUUGCCAUUCUCGGGGCCGGUUUUGGAGGUAUGGCAAGUGCAAUCAAGACAAUGCAAAAGUACGAUGAGCAAGACAUUCAAAUUUUUGAAAGACACGACAACUUUGGAGGUACCUGGUACGCCAAUACUUACCCAGGUUGUGCUAGUGAUAUUCCUGCCUUGUGGUAUUCAUUCUCUUUUGCUUUGACAUCCAAUUGGAGUAGAAUUCAGCCACCACAAUAUGAGAUGGAAGAGUACAUUUUACGUGUUGCUGAACAGUUUAAAUUAAGAGAGAAAACAAGAUUUCAAACGGAAAUUAACAAGUUUGAGUGGGAUGACGUGAAUGGUCAAUGGACCUUGUAUGCACACGAUGUUAAAACAGGACAGAAAAUUAUUCAUAAAAGUAAACUCUUACUUGCUUGUCAAGGUGGUUUGGUUCACCCUUUGCAAUUGCAAGCUGAAGGAUUGGAAAACUUCAAAGGGACAUACAUGCACUCGGCCCUUUGGGAUCAUUCUGUUGACUUCAGAGGGAAAAAGGUUAUUGUUAUUGGUAACGGGUGCAGUGCCAAUCAAGCUGUCCCUGCUUUGCUUAAUGAUCCUAAAUAUAGUGUUGGUUCAUUGACCCAACUAGUGAGAUCAAAGCAUUACAUCAUGAGACCCCUCCCUAGAAUACUUUACAUACUUUACCGUUUAUUAUCAUUCAACUUUAUUGCAUUGUAUAUUGUCCGUUUAAUUGUUGUUUUUGGUGCUGAAUUGAGAGUACCAUUGUUCAAAGGUGAUGGUUUACUCUCCAAAAUUGUUCGUUGGAUAAACACAACUGCUUCUGUCAGCUACAUGAAAGGCAAUGCUCCUAAGAAAUUUCAUGAUUUGAUCAUUCCUAAUUACAAGAUUGGCUGUAAGAGAUUGAUUUUUGACUACAAUUAUAUUCCAUCGUUAAAUGACCCAAGAGUUGACAUCAAGAAUCAAGGUAUUGAUAGAGUUGUUGAAGAUGGAAUUAUAUUGAAAAAUGGUGAACAUAUUGAAGCUGAUAUUAUUGUUGCUUGUACUGGGUACAAUUUAAGCAAGAGUUUUUUUAAUUUUGAAAUUAUUGGUCGUAAUGGAGCAAACAUCUCUGAGGAAUGGAAACAAGAUGGUCCAAGUGCUUAUAGAACUCUUUUGGUUAAGCAAAGUCCUAAUCUCUGGACCAUUGGGGGCACCAAUUCGGCUACUGGACAUGCAUCAGUUGUUAUGGCAAUCGAGAAUGGUGUUGAUUACUUUCUCAAAACCGCUAAACCAAUCAUCGAAGGAAAAGCUAAAUCGGUUAGAGUUACCGACAAGGCUUAUGACAAUUGGCUUACAACUAUUCAAAGAGAGUUGAAAAAGUCUGUUUUUGGUACUCCAUUUGGUGGUUGUGUUUCCUGGUAUUCCGAUGCUAAAGUUAAUUCCACAGUUUAUCCUUGGAGUCAAUUCCAUUAUUGGUGGAUUACACAUUUCCCAGACUACAAAGACUUAAUAUAUGAGCCAUUGAACGAAGAUAAAAAGAGAAGAUGA